GGGCGUGGGGCGGCGGCGGCACGUGGAGCCGGGUCCAGCAUGGCGCGGAGCGGGCGGCUCCGUUCGGGUGCCGGCGCCAAGCUGAAGCGGUGGCGGAAGGGCCACAGCAGUGACUGUAACCCCGAGACCCGCCAGCACCGCCUGGCCGCCCGCAGCCGCUUCUGCAGCCGGCCCGCGGAGAGAAGUAACUUGACGGUGGAUGCGCUGAAGCUGCACAAUGAGCUGCAGUCGGGGUCCCUGCGUUUGGAGCGGACGAGUGACAGUGCUCAGCUCCGUAUGGAGGAGGAUGAUAUUGGGGAGGCUGCCACAGAAAAGUCCUCUGGCACCUUCCUGAGCGGACUGAGCGACUGCACCAAUGUCACCUUCAGCAAGGUGCAGCGCUUCUGGGAGUCCAACUCUGCUGCUCACAAAGAGAUCUGCGCUGUGCUGGCAGCUGUGACGGAGGUGAUCCGCUCGCGGGGGGGCAAGGAGAGCGAGACAGAGUACUUUGCUGCACUGAUGACCACGCUGGAGGCAGUGGAGUCCCCUGAGUCGCUGGCUGCUGUCGCCUACCUGCUCAACCUCGUCCUAAAGCGGGUCCCAAGCCCCGUGCUCAUAAAAAAGUUCUCAGACACCUCAAAAGCCUUCAUGGGUAUCAUGUCCUCGCAGGCCUGCAGCAGCUCUACCUCUGCCUUGCGAUGGGUCCUCUCUUGCCUGGCCACGCUGCUGCGAAAGCAGGACUUGGCAGCUUGGAGCUACCCCGUCACCCUCCAGGUUUAUCACAGCUUGCUGAGCUUCUGUGUUCACACCAAGCCCAAGGUGCGGAAAGCAGCGCAGUACGGCGUGUGUUCCGUCCUGAGGGGCAGUGAGUUCAUGUUUGGAGAUGCAGCCCCUGAGCAUCACCCUGCGGCACCCUCCACCGCCAAGUUCUGCGUGCAGGAGAUUGAAAAAGCUGGAGGCACCAAGGAGGCGACCACCACCCUGCAUGUCCUAGCCCUGCUGCGGGACCUGCUGCCCUGCUUCCCUGCGGCCGUGGUGAAGACCUGCUGUGAGACCUUGCUCCGAGUCAUGACGCUCAGCCACGUGCUGGUGACGGCGUGUGCCAUGCAAGCCUUCCACAGCCUCUUCAGCGCCCAGGCCAGCGUGGCCUGCCUGCCGGCCGAGCUCAAUGCCCAGAUCAUCACCGCCCUCUAUGACUACGUACCCAGCACAAGUGACCUGCAGCCACUGCUGACCUGGCUGUCCACCAUGGAGAGGGCGCACGUCAACCUGGGCAGGCUGCAGAAGGACCUGUGCUGGGCUCACCUACCCCGGCUCUUCUCUGCUGCCAUGAACUGCUUCCUCUCCCCGCACUCCCAGGUGGUGGCAGCAGCAGCACAGACCCUGGAGGCCCUCCUGAGCGAGUGCAUUGCUCCCCACAUGGAGGACCUGGGCACUGUCUCUGCAUCUGCCCCAGCCCCUGCCGCCUACCUGUGCAAGAUGUUCAGAUCAGUGGAGGAAGGCCUGACAUACCGUUUCCAUGCAGCGUGGGACGAGGUGCUGCGGGUGCUGGAGGUCUUCUUUGAGACAUGUGGGAAGCAGUGCCACCCCAUCAUGAGGAAGUGUCUCCGUUCCUUGUGUGACCUGCGUCUCUCCCCACACUUCCCCUAUACCACUGAAGUGGACCAGGCAGUGGGAGCUGCCGUGAGCACCAUGGGCCCUGAGGUGCUGCUGGAAGCUGUGCCCCUGGAAAUUGAUGGCAAAGAGGAGACACUGGAUUUCCCCCGCAGCUGGCUCCUGCCGGUGCUGCGGGACUAUGUGCAGGGCGCACGGCUCGGCUUCUUCACCAGCUACUUCUUGCCUUUGGCGGCCGCCCUGAAAAGCAGAGCCCUGGAGUUUACCCAAGCUGGGAAGAGCAUGGAGGCCAAGAUCUAUGACACAUUGCAGUGGCAGGUCUGGACCCUGCUGCCCGGCUUCUGCACCUGCCCCACGGAUGUGCUGGGUGCCUUCAAGGGGCUGGCCCGCACCCUGGGCAUGGCCAUCAGCGAGCGCCCAGACCUCCGCCCCACUGUGUGCCAGGCCUUGCGCACCCUCAUCCACAAAGGCUGCGAGACAGAUGCAGAGCGGGCAGAAGUGGGUCGCUUUGCCAAAAAUUUCCUGCCGAUCCUGUUCAACGUGUACAGCCAGCCCGAGGAGGAUGGGGGCAGCAGUGCUCAGCGCCGUUCCGUGCUGGACACUGUCCGUGCUUACCUGACCAUCACUGACCCCCAGAUGGUGUGUGGGUUCCUGCAGAAAGCCAGCAUGAAGCUGACUAGUCCCGAGAGCUCCGAGUUUGCCAGACUCUCCAUCCUGGAUCUGGUGGUGGCAAUGGCACCCUAUGCUGAUGAGCAGUCCUUGGACUCCCUGUACCACACCAUCCAGCCUUCCCUCCAAAGCAAGGAGCGCAGCAUGCAGAAGAAGGCGUACCGCGUGCUGGAGGAGGUGUGUGCCGCCCCCCACGCCCCCUGCCGAGCCUUCGUCUGCUCCCACCUGCAGGAUCUGCAGGCAGCACUGCUGGACUCACUCAAGAGCGCGGCGUCUCCGGCCAAGAGGCCCCGGCUGAAGUGCCUGUUCCACAUCGUGAAGCAGCUCUCUGCGGAGCACGAGCCCUUUGUCACUGCACUGGUCCCAGAGGUCAUCCUGUGCACCAAGGAGGUGUCAGUGGGGGCCCGCAAGAAUGCUUUCGUGCUGCUUGUAGAGAUGGGGCAUGCCUUCAUCCGCUUCGGGCCCACCCCCCAAGAGGCCAUGCAGCGGUUCCUGCUUCUGGUCUACGCGGGGCUCACGGGCUCGGUCACCAUGAUCAGCUGUACGGUGCUGGCGCUGACCCGCCUGUUCUUUGAGUUCAAAGAUCACCUGGAGCUGAGCGUGGUGGAGCAGCUCUUGCAGAAUGUCUGUCUGCUGCUGGCCUCCCGCACGCGGGAUGUGGUGAAGGCGGCCCUGGGCUUCCUCAAGGUCACGUUGCUGCUGGUGGACACCAAGCUGCUGGCUAAGCACGUCCAGGCGAUGCUGGAGGCCGUGGGGAACCUUUCAGACGACAUGAGACGCCACUUCCGUAUGAAGCUGAGAAACCUCUUCACCAAGUUCAUCCGCAAGUUUGGCUUUGAGCUGGUGAAGGGGCUGCUGCCGGCCGAGUACCACAAAGUGCUGGUGAACAUCCGCAAGGCGGAAGCCCGGAGCCGCAAGCAGCGUGCUCUGAGGCAGGCAGCUGCAGAUACAGAUGAAGAGGAGGCACCACCGGCACAGCCCAGAGGAGACAGUAUGGAGGAGAUCCUGGCUGACUCAGAGGAUGAGGAGGAAGAAGAGGAGGAACGGCAGCAGAGCAGGGAGUGGAGGAAGCAAGCACGGCAGAAGGGCCAGGCCUGGCUGAAGGAAGGGGAAGAUGAUGAGCCCCUCAAUUUCCUGGACCCUAACGUGUCCCAGCGGGUGCUGGCCACCAAGCCAGGUCCCAAGCGGUCCAGAGGAGUGAGCCAUGACUUCCAAGUGUCUGAGGACGGACGCCUGAUCAUCCAUGAAGAGGAGGAGGAGGUGAACGAUGAUGAAGCCAAAGGUACUGCCUGGGCUGGAGCAGACGAGGAGAUGGCAGAUGUGCUGCAAGAUUUGGGUCUCCGCAGUAAGAAAAGCCAGAAGCGUCGGUUCAGAGAGGAGCCAGACGAUGAGGAACCUGAGGCCAGGACCUACCCUCAGUACAGAGCUGGAGGCUCUGGGAUCCACCGGCAGCUGGACAAGGAGCCAGCCUUUGGUGCAGAGUACAGAUCCAAGAAAGGUAAAGGUGAUGUGAAGAAGAAGGGCCAGCUUGACCCCUAUGCCUACAUCCCCCUGAACACAGCUAGACUCAACAGAAGGAAGCGGGCGAAAAUGCAGGGCCAGUUCAAGGGCCUGGUGAAGGGAGCCCAGCGUGGGGCCAAGGCCGGCCGCAGGAACCGUCUGAAGGCCCAGCGCCCCUGAGGAGCCUCAGGUGUGUGGCCUGCACCUGCCAAGGAUGUACAACACCCUGUGGCCUCUGGGCACUGGGGGACUGGGGCUUCGUGAGUGGAGCAGCAGGGACUCAUCUGCAGAAGGUGGCCUGUGUCUGUUUGAGACUCCCUGGGAAGCUACCCUGUUGUGUUAUGGACUCAUGGCCCAAGCCCUGCCCUCCUGUGCCUGGAGGAAGGUGCUGGGUUGACUGGUGCAGGGAGGGGGGGGGUGUGUGUGUGUGCGUGUGUGAGAGAAAGUAAUGUGUAAUGAAUUCUCUAUAUUGAUAAAUACCCACUGUUCUUACUCA